AUGCCUGCUUUACAUGCAAGUGGUACUUGGGAGCUUGAUUCCCUUCCUGCAGACGGUCAGGUUGAUCGACUUAAGGCUCACUUUGUUGCCAAAGGAUACACACAAAUAUUUAGGCUUGAUUAUAGUGACACUUUUUUGCCAGUGGCUAAAAUAGCAUUUAUCCGUCUUUUCCUAUCUAUUGCUGCCGUUCGGCAUUGGCCUCUUUAUCAAUUGGAUAUUAAGAAUGCUUUUCUGCAUGCAACAUCUCUUUCAUCACUUUCAGACCAAAGACCUCGGCAGAAUGAAAUAUUUUCUAGGUAUGCUUUAUCCAUUCUUGAGGAGACAGGAACGAUGGGAUGUAGACCCAUUGAAACUCCUAUGGAUCCAAAUGCCAAACUUCUACCAGGACACAGGGAGCCACUCAGUGAUCCUGAAAGUCAUUGGGAUGCAGUUGUUCGUAUUUUGCGAUAUAUAAAGACAGCUCCAAGUAAAGGACUACCUUUUGAGCAUCGAGGUCACGAGCAUAUCAUUGGAUACACAGAUGUUGAUAGGGCAGGAUCACCCUCUGAUAGAUGUUCUACCUCCGGAUAUUGUGUUUUAAUAGGAGGUAAUUUGGUGUCUUGA